AUGUGUGAAACCAAAAACUUUUUACUCUGGCUCCUCCAAUUUGUUGCUCUAUUAGGCCUUCUCGCCUUCAUCCUUUGGCUAACCUUGCGCCCCAAAGACCCAUCUUACACCAUUGUUGACUUCUCUGUCCCAGUCCCUGAUAACGGCUCUGGCCAAGACAAUCAGAAUGGUUCCCUCUCAUACACCCUUGAGAUUGUAAAUCCAAACAGAGACUCCGAUAUCAAUUACAAUGAUAUCUUCUUGCUGUUUUAUUAUAAUCAGGACACUAUUGGGGAGAAAACCAUCACUCAUUUUCAUCAAGGAAAAGAUAAGACCACCCAAAUUAUGGAUCAUGUGAAUGCCAAUGCAAGAGUAUGGAAAGCACUGGUCAAUGCAAUAUCAAAUAAAACAGGAGAUUUGAAGGUUGGUUUGAUGACCAAAAUUAGAUAUCGAACAUGGGGUAUUAAGAGUAAGCACCAUGGGAUGAACUUGCAAGGUCGUGUACCGAUUGGAUCAGAUGGGAAGAUUUCAGGUAAGAAGAAGAAGAUAAAAUUACGCAAUGCUUCUAAGAAAUGGAGAGUGAGGCUUACUUAACCUUUGGGAUGCACAGCUUUAAAGUAGUACCAUGGCUAUAAUGUAUGUGUAUGCAUUUUUUUAUGUUUAUAUUUCUGCUAGAAUCAAUGUCUAUAAAAACAUCAGAUACCAGUUUGUGAUUAUGAAUCAUG